AGUCUGGUGAAAGCAAAUCAACAGAGUCUGGUGAAAGCAAAUCAACAGAGUCUGGUGAAAGCAAAUCAACAGAGUCUGGUGAAAGCAAAAAUACAGAGACUAAGGAAAGAAAAACCAUGGAGUUGCGGAAAAGAAAAACAGAUUCUGACAAAAAACAAACAACGGAGUCGGACAAACAAAAAACAACUAAGUCCACUACAUCAAAAGCGCCACAAGCGGACACAACUACAUCAUCACAGAGCAACACAAAAACCGGUCCGCAGAGCAACGCCAGUAAAGCUGCCACACUGUCCACAGACAAUAAGGGAGGAGCUCCUGUUGACGGUCAGUCCCAAAAAACUACAGAUACUCCUCCAAAAGUGCAACAUGUAGAGAUCACUGUGAAUAUGAGCGUCCUGGCCAGGAGGAGAACAUUGAGCUGGAAACCAGGGAAAGUUAUAGAAAUAAUAACAAAAGGAGAUGGGAAGGUGAAAUACAAGGUUAUUUUUGAAGAGAAGGGGAAAUGCCUUGUGUCCAGUCACCACAUCGCCCCUGUUACUCUGCCACUGCUGGACAACCUGUUUGUCGGUGCUCGUGUGGUGGUGAAGAGUGAGAGCGACCAGGCAGACUUCCAGCCUGGGAUACUGACAGAGGUCCCCAACAGGAAAAACCGCAUGAGAUUCCUGGUCUUCAUUGAUGAUCACACUCCGGUCUACUGUCCCUUACCUUCACUUCGCUUGGUGUGCAAACCAUUGGAAGACCCUUUGGAUGACAUUCCUGAUGAAAACCACAGGAGUUACAUGAGGGGUUAUUUGAAGUCGUGGCCUUACCCUCCGCUGACGCAGUACAAGGUUGGACAGAUGGUGAAAGUACAUUAUAACGAUGCUCUGGAGAAGUGUGAGGUCUUGGAGAUUGACUGCAGCUUGAUUCGAGUCGUUUUUCCAUGUGAUCAACAAAAAGAGUGGAUCUUCCGAGGCUCCAUGCGCCUGGAACACAUAAUUAAUAUAAAUAAGGACAUGCUGACCAAACCGAAUGGAGAGAAGAAUGAGCCUUCCUAAGUUAUGGAUGCUGAAGAAUCCAAGAAAUAACCUGGUGAACCUGUUUCAAAACAGCACAAAGUUACUCUUUGGUGCAUUUGUUGGAAAUGUUUUUUUUUUUUUUUUUAGGUUUCCCCUGAUAUUUGGUGAGGCACAAAAUAGAAAGAGUACUUAUUUGGUCAUGAGUUUGCCUGUUCUUCCAGCUGUCAGUUUUGAUAAAAGGUUUUUAAAUGUUUUAAUUAAAAAUAUAUAGAUUUGCUGCUUCCUGUUUGGGAGCAAUCGGGGUUUGUUUCUGGGGAACACUAUUCUCAAAUGUUCUGUUAGAACAUUUGAAUGUUUUUUGGGAUUCUGUGAUGAUGGAAAAGCUUGUUUUCAGUGUAACCUUUGGUCCAUAAACAUCUGAAAAAAUUUGAUUAGAUUGUCAAACUACUACGUGUACUACCUCAGUAAAGUUUAUUAAAAAAUUUCAAACUUUUCA